GAGGUGGCCUCCGCCUGCGUUUUCCUUCUUCCGGUCAAUAAAGAGUUGUAAAAAAAUAAGAGAGAUUCCAAGGAAAAACGCAGCAACAACGAAGCACUACACCGAGGGAAGGAGAGAGAUAGAGAGGAGUCGGCGGUUGAAGGUUUCAUCCCGCAGCCGAAACCCUAAUUGAGCCUUCUCUCUUCUUCUUCUACUUCUGUUUCGGUUCUGCAGCAGCCACCACAAGUGCCUGGGAUUCAUGUGAUGGUGCUGUGUUUCCCGUCUUUCUCGAUUUGGGUGGUGUUUCGUGGUUGAUUUCGAUUCUUCCCUCGGUCGCGUUGUCGGAUUGCUUCGUUGAUUUUGAGUGGAUCAGUUGCUGUUUCGGGAGUGUGUUUUGUUGUGCUCGCCAUCAUCAUCGAUGGUUUAGCUAUUGGAUUGGUUGCUGCUGGGGAUUCUUUUGCGCGUGGCAGUUCUAGGGAGGAGGUUGUGGAAGAUGGAUUUGGUGAAUAGCUGCAAGGAAAAGUUGGCUUAUUUUCGAAUAAAGGAGCUGAAGGAUGUCCUGACUCAGUUAGGGCUAUCAAAGCAGGGGAAAAAGCAGGACCUAGUUGAUCGCAUAUUGAAUGUCCUGCACGAUGCACAAGGUUCCAAGGCGUGGCCAAAGAGGGUGUUCUUGGAAGGGACGAAGCAGCAAAACUUGUUGAUGACAUUUACAGGAAUUCUAAGUUUUAUUUUCAACUGGUCCACUUUUCUUGCACAAGCGUAUGCCAAGUGUAAGGACUUGAUCCUCUUAAGAAUGAUUUGUACUGUGGCUUAUCCGUGGAACCACUAUUUUUCCAACUGCAGUGUGAGGAUCCCAGAUGCCAGCUUUUGGAUUGCAAUGGCUCAUCCACUAUCUUCUGUGAAGCUGGCCAUUACAAAUAUCCCAACUGAUGGCACAAAUCCAGUGCAGAAUAUAGAGAAGUCAUUUCACCUGACGAGGGCAGAUAAGGACCUAUUGACUAAGCCAGAAAUUGAUGUGCAGGCGUGGUGCAUGCUUUUGAAUGACAAAGUCCCAUUUAGGAUGCAGUGGCCUCAACAUGCUGAUUUACAAGUCAUGGUGUACCUGUUCGUGCGAUUAAUAGACCUGGCUCGCAACUGCUCGGGGCAAAUGGCCGUGAUGAUGGUCCAAUUAGUCAGUGGCCACAUCACACCAUGUACGAAGGAUGGGAUCAAUAAAUAUCGUUCUGGAUUUGAUGCCCGGGUUUUCUGCUUGGGGGUAAGGAUAGUGAAGCGGCGUACACUUCAGAUACUUGGGUUGAUACCUAAAGAGUCUGAUGGUGAACAAUUUGAAGACGCACUUUCUCGUGUUUGCCGUUGUGUUGGUGGUGGAGCUCCAACUGAUGGUGCUGACAGUGACAGCGAUCUCGAAGUUGUUGCAGACUCCAUUACUGUCAAUCUUCGUUGUCCUUGGCAAUGCCCCAUUUGUCUGAAGAACUACUCAUUGGAUAGUGUAAUCGUCGAUCCUUUUUUCAACCGCAUCACUACUAAGAUGAGGCACUGUGGCGAGGAUGUAACAGAGAUUGAGCAUACCAAAUGGGGAGGUUCAGUCAAAGGUGGUGGAAACAGGGAAGCAAGUCAAGCAGGAAGGAACAACAGAUUGCAGCCGGAUAACUUUCAGCAGAAAGUUAUUCCCAUGACUAGCAGCGGUACUGGCAGUGGUGAGGAUCCAAGUGUGAAUCAGGAUGCUAUUUCUGCUCCAGUGGCAGCGGAUGCUGCAGAGAUCAUUGUUCUUAGUGAUACAGAUAUGAAAAAUGAUAUACUGGUGUCUUCUGGCGCUGGCUUCAACAACAACCAGAAUGAUGUUGGUGCGGGCUGGCCAUUAGAUUCGUCAAUGCAUUCCAAUAGAGAGAUCAUCAUCAGGUCGAUGCAUCGUCGAAUAAUGGUGGGCUUCGAUCUGAGGAUUGGAUCUCUCUUAGGCUGGGAGGUGGUGCUGCCUGCUGCUGGCGGUGGUCAUGGUGAAUCUGUACCACUUGCAAAUGGCAGCUUAACUUCAAGACAUGCGAUGCCUACUAAUAGAGAUGGUGCUAUGGGUUCUUUGACCGACACUGGAGCAGAAAUGCCUUGCCUGAGCCUCUCCCGCUUCAUCUUCUUCUUGGAGACUGGCUUCUUCUUCUUCUUCAUUUGUGACGCGAAAUUCCUUUGGGCGUAA